UUUUACAUUAAAAACGUGUCGGUAGGUCGUGCAUCUGAUUUGCGACAUGUAUAAAGAAUUCACAAUUACGUUAUUCAUUGCUGUCUCAUUUAAAAAUUCCAUAGCACGGAGAAGCGAAGAAAAAUGUAAAGAAUAUGCCAAUCUGGUUUAUGAAACCGAGAAUUCACCAGUUCUACGCAUCAAUGCGGGUUCAAACAAAGUUUCCCGCUGCGCAAUUAUUGAGACGCCUCUAAUCGUUGGCGGAGUCCGAGCAAAGCUAGCGGAAUUUCCGCAUAUGGCAGUGAUCGGUUAUGGUAAGGACGAGGACAUUACUUGGCAGUGUGGAGGAAGUGUUAUUUCCGAGAAUUUUAUUCUGACUGCAGCACACUGUGUGGAAUCGCUGAACAAUGGUCCCGCAACGAAAGUGCGAGUCGGUUUGAUUGAUUUAUUAGCUCCAGGUGACGCUAUGCAAGAGAGAAGUAUCACGAAGAGCAUAAAACAUCCGGAUUAUAAGCAUGCAGUUAGUUACCACGAUAUAGCGUUGUUUAAACUCGAUCGGCCGCUAAAGCUGAACUCUCAAGUACGUCCUGCGUGCCUGGAAGUAAACUUGCAAAUACAUGGAAAAAGUGCUAUUGCUUCCGGAUUUGGAAAAACUUCUUACGAAUCUGACAUCGGUAGCAAUGAGCUAAUGAAAGUUCAAUUGGAUUAUAUAUCUGAGGAUGACUGUAAGAAAGCUUACGCCGAGGACCUUGGUUCUCGGCGAUUACCUCAAGGCCUUAUACCAAAUCUACUUUGUGCUGGUGUAAUGGAAGGUGGUAAAGAUACCUGUCAGGGUGACAGUGGUGGUCCCCUACAAAAAAUUCUUGAGGAACCUUAUUGCAUGUACAACAUCGUAGGCGUGACGAGUUUUGGCAAGUUCUGUGCUUUUAAAUCUAUGCCUGCGGUAUAUACCAGAGUUAGUUCUUACCUCGACUGGAUUGAGAAUAUUGUUUGGCCAUAAAAACCUGACUUUCAGAGAUAUUGAAUUUGUAUCGAUAUUUAGUAUUAACUUCUACAUCUGGUUUUAAACUGUAGCGCUUUUAACAAUAAACUAUCCGCUAAUAUUAACAUAUCAAUCGUUGAGACAUGUUAAAAUCAGAAACAUGCACGCAAUUUACAGAUGGAAGGUGUUUACAAUUGAAUUAAAUAAUAAUCAAAUUUGAUACAUGGAUGAUAAAAUUAAUACAUAAUAAUAAAAACAAUAUAACUUAUAAAUUAAUCCAUGAAAGGCUCUUCUGAUAUCCAUUCAAUGUACAAAGAAUCUUUAACUACUUCGCUUGCAGAGAAAAUCGGUAUCAACCGAUCCAAAAAUGGCAAGAUCUAAAUGCUGUUUGAUUUUUAUAAAAAUCAGUACUAAAUACUUUUCGAGUCGCUGAAUACGAAUUUGAGAUCAAAAUUUUAAAGUUCAAAUUAAUGUCAGAUUCAAAAUCAGCUCCCCUAAAAUCUUUCAAGUACCGAAUCCCUUCCAAAUCAAGUUACUUUUCGCAUUUUGGUCCGCUAUAUUAAAUCCGCCAUCAUGAAUUUCGAAAUUUUAAGUUAAGAUUCGAAAUCAGUGACCCUAAAAACUCCUGAGUACCGAGUUUCAUCCAAAUCAAGUCAUUUUUCCAUUUGGCUCUCUACAUUGGAUCUGCCACCUUGAAUUUGACAUAAAUAAUCUCAGAUUCGAAAGUAGCGAUCCCAAAAACUCCCAAAUAUCAGGUUUCAUCAUAAUCAAGUCACUUUUCUCAUUUUGAUCCGCCAUAUUGAAUCCAUUUUAAAUUUUCAAAUUUAGAAUUCAGAUUCGAAAUCAGUGACGUCAACCCCUGGAUACUAAGUUUCAUCAAAAUCUUGCUAACGAAAAAAAAAUAAAAACUAAUGUGCGCAUUAGUGCGACAAUGUCAUUUUUGGUACAUUCUUUAUUUGACGCAAAAGUACGUCAAUACCAGUCAAGUGGUAAAGAAUCUAUAUACGGAUCUCGUAGUACAAUAUAAUCAAACGAAAUAAGUUUAUAUAUAAUUUCUCUUAACUCUUUGCUGACAACGUGAAGUUGCGGAACAAAUCUAGCAACGUAAAGUCAAAUUUGAUCUCAUGCUUUAUUUUUUCAUUUUUCAUCUAAUUAAUGUA